AUGUCUAGGGCAGAGAAGAGGCAGCCGCCGUCGGAUCCGAUUACGUCACUUCCCGAGGACAUCGCCUUUGACAUCUUAGCGCGUGUACCGAGACGCGACUAUCCAAGAGUCUCCCUCGUUACGAAACUCUUCCGCUCACUCGUUUCAUCGCCUGAGGUAUACGCGAGACGAUCUUCCUUGGGUUGCACUGAACGCUGUCUCUAUGUUACAGUCCUUAACCUCGACAAGGUCCGUUUGUAUACCCACAACAUCGGCCACCACCGCUUGGUCCUCAUCCCUGGGCUUCCCGCUUUGCCUUGGUGUGAAAGCCUUGUGGCAGUAGGUUCGAGGAUAUACGUGUUUGGUGGGCUUAACGUUGAUGACUUGAAGAAGACAUCGAGUGCUUUCAGCAUCGACUGCAGAUCUCAUACUGUUCAACCCCUCCCGAGCAUGCCGUUCCCCAUGUGUGACACAGUCGCUGCCUUUAUGGAUGGGAGGAUCUACGUAAUUGGAUCUGAUGGCUCCUCCUCAGAGUCAAAGAAGGUGGUGGUGUUCAAUACCGAAACACAAACGUGGGAGCCUGAGAUGACAACAACGAAGCCAGCAGGGAUGGAGAUAGGUAACUUGAUGACGGAUGCGGUGGUGAUGGGUGGUAAGAUGUACAUGAGGGAUCAUCGGAAGAGCUUUGUUUACGAUCCAAAGGAAAGCAAAUGGGAAAUGGACAAGGUGCUGAGUUCCAAGGAGUGGUGGAAGGCGUGUGUCGUUGAUGAUGUUUUGUACUACCACGAUUCUCGUAAGAACAAGUUGAGAUGGUAUGACCCGAAGCAGAGGUGUUGGGGAGUGGUGAAAGGUGUGGAAGAGUUGUUGGCUCAGACGCUUGAUUUUGGGAAUAUAGAUUCUGUGUGUUACGGUGGGAAGCUGGUUUUGCUGUGUCCUAAAGGACGAGGUAAGAGUAUGGAUCAAGUAAGGACGGAGGUUUUUUUUGUUGAGAUUUCUCUGGAAAGACGCAAAAGAGGUCAGAUGUGGGGUGAAGUUGAUCACUCGUGUGAUCUUGGUUUAACUGUUCCUGGUGGUCAAUUUAACAUUAGUAGACCUCUUUUUCUUGUGGUUUGA